ACCCCUGGCUCAGCCCCUCCACUGUCACAUGGCACAGAUUCAGGGAUCCAGAGCUGUAGAGUACAAAGCCAUCAACUCAAUGUGCAUGCAUACUCUACAGCCAGACACAUCACAAGGCCACUGUGGUGUUACGCAUCCGAGGAGAGCUGCCCUGGGCUCACUUUCCGCUGCGCUCGCUUGUGUAACCUCUCAGCAGAACUGACUCUGCACUUCCAUUCCCACCAGCAGAUUGUGUAGACCUACAUUUCCUGAAUUAUCUCAUUCCGUCAUCAUCCCUCCAUCAUGUCGCUGCUUACUCAUGUGCUGGCGUGCCUUUUCGGUAUGGGCUCCUGGGUGGCAAUCAACGGGAUGUGGGUGGAGCUCCCCCUGGUCGUACCAGAGAUCCCGGAGGGCUGGUACCUACCAUCUUACCUCACAGUCCUCAUCCAGAUGGCCAACAUAGGUCCACUCUUCAUCACUCUAAUGCACCGCUUCCGCCCAGGGUUGCUUGAUGAGCGACCGGUCAUCUACUGCAUCGUAGGGUUGGGGAUCAUUGCUACAUUCCUGCUGGCUUUCUUCUGGAGACACACAGUGUCAAUAGCAGGCUCUUUGCACAGUGUGCCCCUGCUGGUGUUAAGCUUCCUGCUCUCUGUGGUGGACUGCACCUCCUCUGUUACCUUUCUGCCUUUUAUGAUGAGGCUUCGUCCACACUACCUCACCACAUACUUUGCAGGUGAAGGCCUCAGUGGGCUGGUACCUGCACUGGUGGCUCUAAUUCAAGGUGUGGGUGUAGUCCACUGUCAGAAUGCCACUUUGGCUGGUGCAGCCAACAGCACAUCUAACAAUGCCUCUAUGGUUGGCAGUGGAGAGCUAGAAGCCAUCUACCAGCCGGCUAAAUUCUCUGUCCAGGUGUUUUUUGUGUUCCUCAGUGCCAUGAUGGUUGUGUGCAUGGUAGCCUUUAUUCUACUCAACCAUCACCCAGCUGUGGCGAGGGAGAGGAAGAACGACCUGUACUUCAGUGGUGACCUGGCUCCUGGGAAGAGAGAGCAAGGUCUGUCUCUGCACGCCCAGACACCAGAGCAGAAGCCUAUGAUCAGUCCCCUGGAAGCCGUCAGGCCCAGGAGCUCUUUUGGGAGGGGGACAUAUAGCAGUCUGGAGGUGGCAUUCAUCUUUGUUGUACUGGCUUGGGUCAAUGCUCUGACCAACGCAGUGCUGCCCUCAGUCCAGUCGUACUCCUGUCUGCCUUACGGGAACAAGGCCUACCAUCUUGCAGCCACCAUGGCAGCCGUCGCUAACCCAGUGGCCUGCUGCAUUGCCAUGUUCAUGCCCAUUCGGUCCCUCGUCUUCAUGGGUUUCUUGACCAUGAUUGGGACUGGAUUUGGAGCCUACAUCAUGGCCAUGGCUGCUCUUAGUCCCUGCCCCCUGCUGGUCCACAGCAGCUCUGGAACUGCAGUCAUAGUGCUGACCUGGAUCCUAUUCGUCCUCUCCCUGUCCUACGUGAAGGUCAUCAUUGGGGUGAUCCUGAGGGAUGAGGGCCACAGUGCCCUCGUGUGGUGUGGGGCAGUAGUGCAGUUGGGCUCCAUGGUUGGAGCCAUAUCCAUGUUCCCAUUGGUCAGCGUCUAUGGACUUUUCAAGUCGGGGGAUGCUUGCAACACCAAGUGUCCAUUGUAGUGAAUAUGUAUGUUUAAGUUAAGCACUGCUGUACAAAACUGAAAUGUCAUUUGCUCAUAUUUUGGUAGCACUGAACUUGUUGCAGUCAUGAGCUUUACAUAUUCCUGUUAGUUUUGACAGAUCCAUGACUAGCACUUCCUGAUGUUAUUUUAAAAUAGAUUUGCUCUUAUGAAUGUCAGACUGUAGAUUUAUGUUUUGUAUUUAUUGACUUGUGCAGAAAGCUCUACACAAAGACAAAAAUGACACCUACGUUAUUAAUGUGUUAGACUUCACAAGACCAUUUUGCUGCUGAGCAUACUACACUUCAUCACAAUAGAGAGGUCAAAGCCAGCUUACUUGAACUGUUACCAUUAUGUUAAAGUAUAAAUUGAUGUUGGUUUUAUAAGAACUUCUGGUAUUUUUGGCUUUAAAAUGUGCCUUAAUCUGAGACACUCAAAGAUUUAUGUUUUUCUUUUCUUUUCUUUUCUUUUUUUUUUUUUUGGUGUACAUGGUUGUUUAACUCUAUAGUUUGCUUUGUAUGUGUUACCUUUGUAAGAAACUGUCAGCACUCAAUAAAACAUGUUUGUCUUUGCUGCUUAA